CAUGUUGUGUUCUGCAGGUGGCCAUCAAACAGAUCAACUUGCAGAAGCAGCCGAAGAAAGAGCUGAUAAUCAAUGAGAUCCUGGUCAUGAAGGAGAUGAAGAACCCCAACAUUGUCAACUUUGUAGAUAGUUUCCUCGUAGCAGACGACCUCUACGUGGUGAUGGAGUACCUGGCGGGUGGUUCUCUAACUGACGUGGUGACAGAAACCUGUAUGGACGAGCCUCAGAUCGCCGCCGUGUGCAGAGAGGUAGGACUCUUCAAAGACGUUUUAAAAACUGCCAAAGCACGUCAUGAUUUAUAUAUCGUGCGGACAAUGAAGGGCUCAAUAGAUCCCACCUAUUUGAUAUUUUCUUGAAUA